AUGAACACGAGCGCGUCGACAGCGCAGACCCGCCGAGCGGCCUCUGCCGAACAGUCGAGGUCUUCCACGUUGGACAUUCAACCUUCAUUGACAGAGCGGGACACCUCGAGCCAUCGCAAAGGAGAUGGCCUGAAGUUGGCCGUUCCAAAGCUACAGGGACAUCAUCGUGGAGAGGGGCGCGAUGGUGCCACGCGGCGCUUGCAUCGCCCGGUUCCCACCAGCCGACGGCGAGCGUCGCCUCACGGCCACCUUCACGAGGCUCAUUGGGCGCGCUUCGAACGCAAGAUCUCUGGGGCCUUGAGACAUGGACUGCGCGGAGAACACUCGCCAGAGGGUACGCAUCUUUCUCCUCUGCAAGAGGGCCGCUCGAGUUCCGCCGAAAAGUAUUCGCCACCCACCGACAACAGCGGUGCCCGACGGCUGGCAGAGGAAUGGCCGCAAACCAAGUUCAUCCUACAACGCGAGAUCGAGGCGCGCAGCCAGCGGAUCUCUGCCAACUGGCACCAGUGGCAGCGCGCAGAAGCCAGUGCCGCUCCCGUCGACGAGCCCGCCAGACCUUGGCGCAAGCUUAUUGUGGUCUGCGCCAAGCUGCCUUACACCUUCAUAUGGGACGAGGAGAAAGGCAUCGUCUCUUUAGAGUGCGACCGCUUUGAGGCGAACUUUGCGGAGAUCCUGGCCGCCGAGAUUGCCGAGGGCCAGGUACAUUCCUCCAUUUGCGUCAGACCAAGCGAGGUCUAUUUGAUUGGUGCGCCGGUGGUGCGACGAGCAUCGGACCGUUCUCUGGUGACCUGCAACGAGAACGAGGGCCUCCAGCAAGAGCUGGCAAGCGUCCUCCGGAAAGAGGCGAAGGUGGAGACAGUGCCGGUGUUCCCACCACCUGGGCGCGAUCGCUUUGGAGAUAAGGUGAUUUUUCCGCUUUUCCACUACACGCCCCCUUCCAUGGAGACUGGCAUUGGCCUCUACGACUGGGAGGGCUACACGCUUGUGAAUGAGACCUUUAGAGAUGCUGUGCUUCAGAUUCACACGCGAGGUGAUUUGGUCUUGAUCAAUGACUAUCCUUUGAUGCUGCUGCCAAAGGCCCUGCGCAAGGAGCGGCCCGACAUUUCGAUCGGUUUCUACAUCCAUUGCGUGUUCCCCAGCAGCGAGGUCUACCGAAUUCUACCCCAGCGGGAGGAGCUGCUUCGUGGAGUGUUAAGCUCCAACGUCAUCGGCUUCCACAAUUUUCAAUAUGUCCGCCACUUCCUCACAGCCGCCACACGCAUCCUGGGCUGCGAGUGCACCGCGUCGGGCAUUGAAGCGUGUGAGGAUGCUGGUGGGACCAGCACGAAGGUGAUCGCCGUGCCGCUGGGCAUCCAUCUGGAGCCCUACUCGCAGAUCUUUCAUCGAGAGGACACGAAAACCGCCAUCCGCGACCUCGAGAGGACCUACGCCUCCAAGACCAUUCUCAUGGCCGUGGAUCGACUGGAGGAGAAAGAGGGCAUCCCUCACAAGAUCAUGGCCUUCCACAAGUUCCUGCAACGUUCACCGGGCUGGGCUUCAAAGGUCGUCUUCGUACAGCUCGUGCAGGCCAAGACCUUUGACGACGAGGAGGUCUCCGAGACGCGCGAGGAGCGGCAGAAGCUGCUGCAGCAGGCCCAUGGCCCGGCCGUUUCGGCGUUUGCUGUGUCCUUCUCACACCCGGCAGAUGUGCUCAAGGUUCGGCUGCAGCUCACCGGUGAGUGCGACCGUCGAGUGAAGACCCUGCGGGCGAGAGACAUGAUGCGGGUGGCCCGACAAGUGGCUGUCUUGGAAGGUUUUGGAGGCCUCUAUGGCGGCAUCUCGGCCGCCUGGCUACGCAUGGCCUCCUUCGGCACUUUGCGCCACGGGCUCUAUGGCCUGCUGGAGCAAACAGGAAGGAACCAGAGAGGCGAGGUUUCACUCCUUUGGCGCUUGCAGGCAGGGCUGCUGGCCGGCACCGCGGCCGCGCUGGCGGCCAAUCCGGCCGAUGUGGUGCUGAUCCGGAUGCAGGCGGAUGGUGGAUGGCCGGAACAUCAGCGACGCCACUACCGCCAUGCUUGGCACGGCCUGCAGGAGGUCUACGCGGAAGGCGGGCUUGCGGCGCUCUACCGCGGCAGUGGCCCGACGGCGCUGCGGGCUGCCCUGGUGACGAUGUCGCAGUUGGCGACCUAUGAGGAGAUGAAAGGCAAGGCCCUCCAAGCCGGCUUCAACAACGAUGUGAGGCUGCACCUUUGCUGCGCCAUGAGCUCGGCCACCGCGGCCUGCCUUUGCACGCAGCCGGUGGAUUGUGUGAAGACGCGUAUCAUCAACAUGCAGAAAAACUGCGGUGUUUCAUACAGAGGUCCUUUGGAUGUGGUGAGGAAGACACUUGGCACUGAGGGCCCUUUAGCCUUCUACAAAGGCCUCUCGGCGACCUUUGUACGCCUAUGGCCGCAUACGGUGCUCUUGUGGUUGGGGCAGGAAGCCAUCACCGCUCGCCUGCGUGGCAAAAGAGGGGCUCUGCUCAACUUAGUCUACCAGAUGGGCGGUGAGUGCAACUCGGCCUUCGGCUCCAUUGGGCACCUGCCGUUCCACUUCCUUCACCAAGACAUCAGCAAGUCCGACAUCACAGCGCUGAUGGUCAAGGCUCAUGUCUUCAUGGACACGCCGCUGCGCGACACUCUUUCUCGAGAAGCUCAUGAGUUUGUUUGGUGCCAAGAGGACAAGGACUGCGGUGUGUUGAUCCUCUCGGAGUUCUCGGGCUCGGCGCAAUCCUUGCGCGCGGCCGCCAUCUGUGUGAACCCUUGGGACACCACUGCCUUUGCGGAUGCCAUUCAGGAGGCCAUGGAGAUGGUGCCCUUCGAUCGCAUGGAGCUCCACCGCUACGGGCAGAAGCACGUCUUCGCGCACACCCUGAGGCGUUGGGCUUCGAACUUCUUGGACGAGAUUUUGUCCGCGGAGCGCGAUUGCGAGGACGAGCGCUUGCAGAUUCCUCCGCCGUUGGACCUCGACAACCCGGUGGCAGCCAUGCGGAAGGCUGGCAAGAGGAUCUUCGUCUUCGGCUUCUCUGGGACCUUGUUACCACGGAAGUCCAAGAUCCAAGCGAAGAUCCUCUCCAAGCUUCACCCUGUCUUGGCAGCGAACCUCAAGGUUUGUGAUGACAACCUUUGGACGCCCGACAAUCCGCUUACGGCGGAUGGGGAGCGGCAGUGCCAAGAGGCGCAUGCCGAAUGGGGCCGAAAGAUCUUUGAGGGCGCAGAGCUCAUCAUUGUGUCGCCCAUGACGCGCGCGCUCCAAACAGCCUAUUUCAUUGGAGGACUCAAACCUGACGACAAGCGGGUUUUAGUGACGCCCAUGUGUGCAGAGCACCUGUCGGGGGCCACGUGCGACGAGGGCAGGCCAUUGGAAGAGCUUCGUGAGCAGCUGCCAUGGGCGCAAGGUUGGAAGGGCUUUUCAGAGCUGCAGGAGGAGUGGUGGAAGGAGGAAAGGCCUGAGGAGGCCUUGCGGGUCGCAGGCUUUCUGCAGUUCCUCCAGGAGCGCCAGGAGCGGAAGAUUGUGGUGGUAUCGCAUGGAGCUUUCCUGCAAUACAUUGUGGGGUACCAUAUGGAGAACGCCACUCGGCACAUGAUGAACUUGGAGGAUUCGCAGGCCGCCAAGAAGUCGUGCGAGAGGUCCUCCUUCAACAUCGGCUUCGCCGUGUGCCGGGAGUGGGAAGAUGCUCCCUUGAAGCGGCUUGCCAAGGCUCCGGUGACCUGUCUCCAGGGCCUGGGCCGCAAGCGGGGCGCCAUGUUGGCGUCCCUCGGCCCCAAGACCGUGCAGGACUUGGCGAAUUGGAAGUUUGCCCGCUGGGCCGAGUCCAUUUGCAUCCUGAGCCCUGCAGAACAAGACGGAUCCCGUGAUGUCAGCAAGAUAGAGAGCAAGAUGAACAUCAACAAAGCGCUGGACAAGGAGUGGGAAGGCUGGGCGAUGUCCUUCUUGUUGGAUGCGCCCUUGUCAGCCUUUGCAGGCUUAACACCUGCGAAGGAUCCCGUGUUCAAGUCGAUCGGCCUCACGUGCAUCAAGGACCUGGGCGAGUGGAAGUACUACCGAUGGGCUAAAGCCAUUUGCACCCUUGCAGAAGUCGAGAGUGAGAAUGGCUCCUCGUGA